AUGGACUCUCUCGAGCUGACCGUCCACCACCAUGGCAACCCUCACACCCUUCAGCUUGCCGCCUCAGCAACUCUUCACGACCUCACCUCUCUGAUCGAGACCACCCUCAACAUCCCAGUCGCAAACCAGAAACUACUGAUCGCACCCAAGCCGGGGAUGCAAAAGGCCCCGUUCCCGCCCACCCGCCUCGACGCGCUCAUCCCCCUCAGCUCGCCCAAGCUCAAAAUCACUCUCCUCGGCACUCCCGCCAAGGCCAUCGCCGACCUGCACGAGCAAUCCGCCAGCACACGGCGUCGCGACGAAGCUCGCGCCUCAGCGCUAGCCGCAGCCCGACGAAACCCCAAGCCUGCCUCAUCAUCUCGGUCUGGUGUGCACACGCUCGCCAGCUCAAGCAAUAACUACACAUUCCACCGCCUCCUCCCACUCUCGUACCUCCCGCAACCCGAACGCUCCCUCCAAUUCCUCACCCGCCUGCGCGAUGACCGCGGCAUCCGCGCCGCAAUGGCAAAGCACAAAUUCAGCGUGCCGCUACUCACAGAAAUGAACCCCGUCGAACACACAACUAUGGAGUCGCGCACCCUCGGGCUAAACAGGAAUAAAGGCGAGGUGAUCGAGCUACGCCUGCGCACAGAUGCCUACGACGGAUACCGGGAUUACCGCACGAUCCGCAAAACACUGUGUCAUGAGCUGGCGCACUGUGUGUUUGGGGAACAUGAUCGUGAUUUCUGGGAUCUGACGGCGCAGAUUGAACGCGAGGUGGAGCGGGCGACGGCUGAGCAUCGGCUUACGGAGGAUGAAUUUUAUAAUCCGGCUGAUUGGGACAGUGUACAGGGUGGGCUGGAGCAUGUGGAUGAGAAAGGAUGGACGGGGGGUGAGUUUGUGCUGGGUGGAUUGAGGGAAGAUGAUGCUGGGAGGAGGGUCGGGCUGGCUGAGAGCAGCAGUGAGAGUCGCAGGGAGAUUCUGGCGCGCGCAGCCGAGGAGAGGAUGCGGAAGGGGAGGAAGCAGACGGAGCAGGGGGAUCAGGAGCAUGGAGUUCCAUGA